AUGUCUGAGAUUUCUUUUUGUUUGAUGAGCGCCCUACAGAAGGCAAUGGAGAUGGAGAUGGAGACAGAAACGACCAAAGAGAUGACAAGAAAGGAAAAGAAAGUUAACUGGUUUGCCUUCCUUUCAGACGACAUCCUUUUACAAAUCCUUAAAAAGCUUCCCGAAGCUUUCCUUCGUUAUAAAGCUAAGCAUGUCUGCAAACGUUGGUUCAAUAUAGUCACUAAUAAGAUCUUGCUAGACCAUGCUUCUUUCAUCCUCCAAACAGCUUAUGAUUCAACAGUGCGCCACGUGGACAUAACAGAAGAACAACAAGGGCUACAAGUAAAAGUGCAAAAUCUUGAAAUUCCUAUAGGAGGCCACAUCAUAACAUGGUGUAACGAGUAUCUUCUAGUAACGGAUUUGGAAAAACACUAG